AUGGGCGCGACCGAUGGGACGAGCGCGCGCGAGGCGCGUCGAAAGGCGCGCGAGUUGGAGGAGGGUCGAAAGGCUGGGUUGAUCCCGCACGAGAUCGAUGAGGACGGGAACGCGAUCAACCCGCACAUUCCUCAAUUCAUGGCGGCGGCGCCGUGGUACCUGAAGCAAGACGGGCCGGGAUUGAAACAUCAAAAGGCGCCGAAAAAAGCCGAAGAGAGCGCGGAGUGGUACAAGAGAGGCGUGACGACGACGAAGGCGACGAAAUUUCGUAAGGGGGCGUGCGAGAAUUGCGGAGCGAUGACGCACAAGAAGAAGGAUUGCAUGGAGCGGCCGCGCGCGAGAGGCGCGAGCAAGACGCAAAAGGACAUCGCGGCGGACGAGUACGUGCAACCGGAGUUGAAGCUUGGGUUUGAGAGUAAGCGCGAUCGGUAUAACGGAUUCGAUGUGGAUGAUUACGUCAAGGUGGUGGAGCGAUACGAGGCGGCGGACGCGAUGAAGCAAAAAUUGGCCAAGCAAAAAGAGUUGGAACGCGCGUUUCGGCGGGCGAAUAAAAAGGAGGACGACGCGGCGAGCGACUCGGAUUCGGACGAUACGAGCUCCGACGACGACGACGACGACGACGCGAAGGUUGCGGAUAAGGCGGCGACGGGGUUUGCAAACAUCAAACGCGCGGUGCGCGCGCCCGGAGGGGGCGCUUCCGGCACGGUGCGUAACUUGCGUCUUCGCGAAGACACGGCGAAAUAUUUGCGCAACCUGGAUGUGGAUUCGGCGUACUACGACCCAAAGACGCGCUCGAUGCGCGAGAAUCCGACGCCGAACGCCGAUCCCAAAGACAACUUCUUCCGCGGUGAUAACGCGGCGCGAAAUGACGGGCAAGUGGUGGAGUUUGAGCGUUUGAAUCGUCACGCAUGGGAGCAGGCGGAAGCCGGCGGCGCGAGCGCCAUUCACAUGCAAGGCGCGCCGUCGCAAGCCGAGGCGCUGUACAAGCAAUUCAAAGAAAAGAAGGAAAAGCUCGCGGGAAUGAAUAAAAAGAACAUCAUGGAAAAGUACGGCGACGCGAGCGCGGGCAAAGAGCUUCCCGACGGUUUGGCGCUCGGUCAAACGGAGCAAUACGUCGAGUACGACCGCGCGGGCCGUCUCAUCAAGGGAACCGAAAAAGCCACGGUGAAGAGUUGUUACGAGGAGGAUGUCCUUUUGCAAAAUCACACCAAGGUUUGGGGCUCGUACUGGAACGCCGGUCAGUGGGGUUACGCGUGUUGUCAAAGCAUGGUGAAGAACUCGUAUUGCACGGGCGAGCGCGGCGUCGAAGCCGCGCUCGCGAGCGAGCAACUCAUGGUGGACAACAUGGAGAACAAGCGCGCGAUGGACGAGGCGAACGAAGCGCGAGCGAAGUCGCAGCUCAACGCGACGACGAAACCGAGCGAUCUGUGGGGUGGUGAUGUCAAGGAUGACGUCGAGAUCGAUCCUCAAAAGCUCCUCGAAGCCUUGAAGCGGCAAGACGAACGCGAGGAAGCGCUCAAGCGCGGCGGCGACGGGAAGAACAAGCGCGGGUACAACGUCACGCACGAUUCGCAAGUCACGGCGGAAGACAUGGAGGCGUAUAGGAUGAAAAAGCGCGCAUUCGAGGACCCGAUGAAAAAAGCGUCGGGCGCGGGGACCGAUGGUUACGAUCUAGUGUAG